UGCAAAGCGGUACGCAAGCGGUCGCGGUUUUGCGUUGCGCGGCACAGUUUUGUGGUUUCUCAGGCCAAUCCGAACCGAUCGAUCGGUUUCCGAUCUCAAGUGCGACAGUACUAGCAACAAACGGAAGCAUCAGCAGCAGCUCAUCGAUCGUCGUGGUUUUCGUUCCGGUCCUUAGCCGCCCCUCAUCAAUCAUGGAAAUUCGGUGGAAGCGCGGUACCGGCAUGGCGAUGCUGGUACCCCUCCUGGCACUAACCCUGAUGGUAGCAGUAUCGGUGGCCGUCGGGACGGUACGAGCCGCAGAACCAUCGCCCGAGCGGGAAAGCCAAGCGGGCCAAGGCUCCUUUGCCGGUAUAGAAAGCGGCACGCAACCCGACGCUGGCCACGAUCACUACCACUUUCGAUUGCCAGACGAGCUAAUUACGGCGCGUGCGGCCGAUGCUGCUGGUGCAGCAGGACAGCCAGCAGCGAAGCAGCGACCACCGGGCAAGGAAACGAAAAAGUACCGGAAGAAGUAUGUGUCCGAAGACGAUUAUCGAAAAGCGAUGCCACGCGUCGAGGAGCAGCAACCGGUGGACGCCACGGCCGGUACGGUGCCAGUCCCAGUGGCCCAGCAAACCAGUGGCACGUCCAAAUCCAGCGAACCGCACAGCAGACAGAAGCGUUUGAUCUGGGUUACGGACGAUGGUCGGCUCGCCCUGCCGCCCGGUACGUCGCUGACGAUCGCACCAACCAUCGCGCUACCAUUUGUGCGCUACCCGCCGACCGGCUUUCUGUCCAACAUCUCCAUCAGCUUGCCCAUAACGAUUGACUUUGAUAAACUGGGCCUCACGGAUAAUCAGAAUCCGCUCGGCGUUCUGCCACCACUGUUUGCCCGUUCGAUGGGCCAGGCCGCCGGUUCCGUGUUGGCCGACUACGUGUCGGACUAUAUGCGGGUGCAGCGGCGCAAACGGAGCAUCCCGAGUCCUGGAGCGAACGAGAACUUUAAGAUCACCACCAACAGGCUGGAUGAGGAGGAGGAUGAGCUGGCGAUACCGCAGCUUCCGGCUGAGCACAAGCAUGCUUUCCACGGUGGAGAGAGGGCGCUACUGUACGUGGUGGUUGAAGACUUCAUCGCAAACUUCGGGCUGGACGGAAGGGCGUGUAUGCUGCGUGCCAUAUGUGAGGUGCACUCCAAGUCGAUAGAAAAGUUUGGUCUCAUCGGAGAGAUGCUGAAGCUCUUCUUCACUGCGUCAGCAUCGCCAUAUUCCCAGCAUUUAGACGAGUACGUGAUGGCGGAAAAGCUUGGCCGCGGGCAGGAUGGACCCGGCGAGUGUUUUCCCUACUUCAAGGACUGCCCACGGAGUCUGUUCCGUUCGGCGCAUAACUUCCAGCACAAAUAUCAAGAACCGGAACAGCAGCACAGUAAUUCGGAUAGGACAACGAAUCGUCCGGUGGAGGAGGAGCACGAUUCAGAUGAACGAUUUGGGAACGAGAUCUACAACGAUACUCAUGAGGCAGAAUAUUUAGCCCGGGAACCACGUGCCAGUCGGUCACGCAGCAGCAGCAGCAGUAGCAGCCAAACCAAAGAAAACACCAUCGUACAGCUGGAGCAGCAUGAUCUCGCGCAAAUGGCAAUGUGAGGUCCUGGGAAUGGGGAGGGGGAAGGAUCUUUUUCCCGGCAGUCGUCACACAAAUCUAUCUCGGGUUUAUGGUGCUAGGAGCACGUGUUCCUUUCGGCUGGGGAGGAGAACGCAUUAUUGUGACCGAAGGGGGACGCGGCAGUCAGAGUUGUUCGCCUGUUAAUGGGUUGUUAUUUGUUGAAGAUUGUUGCUGUGCGCGAGGCACGGUUAGUUGUUUCUUAGUCUAGUAGAGAGCUGGAGCUUGUUUUUUGUUGUGGGAUGGAAAACGAACGUGUGAGAUCCAUAGGAAAACCAUGAGUC